ACAGGCCCAAACGUGGGCCUUGUUCUUGUAUAAACCCUAGUUGUUUCUCUUCCGUUUCUUCGUGCUUUUGAAGGGUUUCGCUUAGCCGUUCUCACUUAAUCUUGGAAGAAGCCUUAGCAGGCGCAAAAAUGGCCCCAAAGAGAGGUGGAAAGGUGGUCACGCCAGCCAAGAAGAAACAAGAGAAGGUUGUGAAUCCAUUGUUUGAAAAGCGUCCAAAACAGUUUGGUAUUGGAGGGGCUUUACCUCCAAAGAAGGAUCUGCAUCGAUUCGUGAAGUGGCCUAAGGUUGUUCGCAUUCAAAGGAAAAAGAGGAUUCUUAAGCAGAGGUUAAAGGUCCCACCAGCAUUGAACCAGUUUACCAAGACUCUUGAUAAGAACCUUGCAACAAAUCUUUUCAAGUUGCUCCUCAAGUACAGGCCAGAGGACAAGGCAGCCAAGAAAGAACGUCUCCUGAAGAAGGCCCAGGCUGAGGCUGAAGGAAAAGCUCCCGACUCUAAGAAACCAAUUGUUGUGAAAUACGGUCUUAACCAUGUUACUUACCUUAUUGAGCAGAACAAGGCACAAUUGGUUGUUAUUGCUCAUGAUGUGGAUCCCAUAGAGUUAGUUGUGUGGCUUCCUGCUUUGUGCAGAAAGAUGGAAGUCCCUUACUGCAUUGUCAAGGGGAAAUCACGUUUGGGAUCGAUCGUUCACCAGAAAACUGCCGCUGUCUUGUGCUUGACUACAGUUAAGAAUGAGGAUAAGUUGGAGUUCAGCAAAAUCCUCGAGGCCAUCAAGGCAAACUUCAAUGACAAGUACGAUGAGUACAGGAAGAAGUGGGGAGGUGGAAUCAUGGGCUCCAAGUCACAGGCUAGAACCAAGGCAAAGGAGAAGCUUCUUGCAAAGGAAGCUGCGCAGAGGAUGACUUAGGAAUAGCGGCAUCAUUUCCUUCUAGAGGCACCUUUAGUUGUGGUUUUUUUUUGUCAUAUUUAUUUUCUUGUUUGAUUAAAAGUCCUGUGUAGUCAGCUGCAAUCAAUUUUCGACUCAUUUUACUCUUUUCUCAGAGGCAUAUUUAUAUCAUUUCUAGUUGAACUUUUAAAAUUCCUAGCGGUUGCUGUGUUGUGAAGAUUUGCGUUUGUAAAGAGAGUUCGAGCUUUUAAUUAAAGUAAUUAAUUCAUGAUCAAAACUAUACCUCACAAUUUU